AUGAAGGUGCUGGGUCCCCAGCCCCACCUUGUCACCCCCGUCACCUUCUCUGGCAGCGGUGACCUCCUUGGUGAGGCGAGCGAUGACACGGCAGGCGGCGUCGUGCUGGUAGAGCGCGUGGGACAACUCCUGGCGUGUGGUCUGCAGCUGCUGACGGAGGGUGAAGCUGUGCAGCAUGACGGCGUCCUAGCGGGAUCGGGCAGAGGGCUGGUUGUUGACAGGAUCAGUGCCAUUCUCGGCGAUGUAUUUCUCAAUCAGGCGCCGCUCAUAGACGUGGUUGGAGACUGGCGAGACGCAGGGGUGCUCGGGCACCUCGUUGGAAACUGCCGUAGAGACGGAGGGAAUGAGGAGGGAAACGUGGACCCCCACCCCGGGAACAACCGACGCACUCCCAGGAUGCAACGCGGCGCGGCGACUCCGAACUACAACUCCCGGCGUGCCCCGCGGCGGUGGGGGGGGCGCCCUGGAGACUCCGAAGUGGAGACAGGGGCCAAACGGGAAGGCAAUCUGGGACGCCGGCUGCUGCAAGCCCUGCUGCUGUGCAGCCUCUUCCUGGGAGCGGUGGAGGUGUGGAACCGAGUGAAGGAUGAGCAUGACAAGGACAUCUUUUUGGGCCUCCAAGGCGAUGACCCACUGUCUCUGUUGGGCUUGGCUAUCUGGAGGACUUUGGAGAACUGGGUGGGCCGCCCGCCCCUGCGGGUGGUGGCACUGGUCCUCCUUGUCAUCCUCUGUAUAGUGUCUGCUGUGAUCUCGACAGUCCUGGUCAUGGUUGGUGGACUCCUGAGGUACAUCCUGAUCUCCUACAGCAUCCCAGGGGAGCACCUGGUGCACAUGGCGGAGCUGAAACCCAGCGAGGUGCAACGGGUGCUGCUGUGGGCUUUGGCCGCCGUGGUGGUUUCCUGGUUGCUCUCGUGGCUUCAGGUGCUGCUGUCACGGCUGUGGGGGAUGGUGGUGCCCAUGCUUCGUUGGGUGAAGCUCUUCUGCAUCUUGGGUGUCUUCUUACACAUCGCCGUCUCCAAGGAGAGCCCCACGGCGCAGGCGGGGAUGCUGCUGGGGCUUUGGGUGCUCUGCACUCUCCUGGGGCGCUUGGUGGGGUCUCCAAACCCCGACACUCAGCUCGAUGUCGCCGUCCGUGUCCUGGAGUGGAAGGUGGAGGAGCUGGAGCGGCGCCUGGAGUGGGCGAACCCUCGGGACUGGGAUUAACCCCCAGAUCCCAAGGGGUGACCUGGCCUCCCGGCCCUGGUGCACCCCAAGGCUUGGCUCUGUACCCCAAACCACGUGGUUGCCCUGCUGAGCCUCACCUCCUGCUGGCUCCCAGAGGCGAGGAAGGAGAGCAUCCUCAUCGUCACUCGCCCAUCCAGCUGAGGCAAAGAAGGAGAGCAUCUUCAUCCCUGCUCAACCAUCCUCAUCCUUGCUUACCCAUCCAGCAGAGGGAAGGAAGGAGAGCAUCCUCAUCCUCGCUCACCCAUCCUCAUCGCCACUUGCCCAUCCAGCAGAGGGAAGGAAAGAGAGCAUCCUCAUCCUCGCUCGCCCAUCCAGCAGAGGGGAGGAAGGGGAGCAUCCUCA